UAAGCUACAAAAGCCAGCAGAUAUACUAGUGUGGGGAGCGAUGAUGAGGCCUGCAUUUAUAAAGGACGUAUUGGUAAAAUGGAACAUCCAAUUCUACGUGAUGGCUAGCCUUGUGUUCCAAAUGAUACUAGUUUUCCUUGCGCCGAUGAGAAGAUGGGUAAACAACGGAUUCAUGUAUCUGGUGAUCUGGGCUGUGUAUUUACUGGCAAGCUUCUUUUCCACCUUCGCCUUAUCCCUCAUCUACAACGACGCACCAGAUGAGGUGAGUGAAUCUAACAUCUUCCCUUUCUGGGCGCCGUUUCUUCUUGUCCACCUGGGCGGGCCUCACACCAUCACUGCACUGGCCAUGGAGGACAACAAUUUAUGGCACCGCCAUUUGCUCACCCAAGUCGUUCAGAUCUGCUCAGUUUCGGUCGUCUUCUACCAAUACAAAAUCUUCCAAAGCGAAUGGCUGCUCCCCACGGCCAUCGUCUUCGUCAUCGGAAUCGUCAAGUGCGUUGAGCGCAUCAUCUCUCUCCAGCUCGCGUCUUUCAAUUUCGUCAGGAAGUCCAUCCGGCGCCAAGAUUCUAAGAAGCCUCCUCCUCCUCCUCCUGCUGCGGGGGUACUUGACGACUACGAGACUGUAACGUGGGGUUACGAGUUCUACCAAACAUUCAAAGGCUUCAUCAUUGAUCACACGUUUACCCAGGACGAAUGUGGGAGGGAGAAGGAGUGGUUCAGCAAGCUAAGUGUAGAGAAUGCGUUUAAAGUGAUGGAAACGGAGCUCAACUUCAUGUAUCAGGCCAUGUUCACCAAGAUGAUUGCGGUCCAGUACUGGGAUAAUAACUAUUUCUGGUGCUUAUGGCGGUUUGUGUGUGAUGGUUUACUUAUAACCGUGGCGGUCAUCUUCUUCUGCCAUUCCAAACACAAUCUUAAGCCUACUGACAUUGGUAUCACCUACUGCUUGCUGGGGGGUCAGGUUGUGCUGGACGAGAUAGCUCUCCUUCAUCUCAUAUUUAGCCACUGGACAAUCGUUAAAAUAAUGAAUACUAAGGAGGUGGUGAGAAACAAAAUUCUCCCACUCAUUAAUGUUGGACUGAAAGUUGUUACGGUGGAUAAGUGUUGGUCAGAGAAGAUUAUACAGUACAGUUUGGUGAAGCACUCGUUAGCAGGACGGUUGAAAUGUGCAGAGCCCAAACUGGAAUUCUAUUCACUCAAGGAUGUUAUUGAUUCCUGUGUGUUCACUAAAACCGCCAAGGUUGGACGCAGGUUAAAGGAGUUGGUUGUGGAGGACAUCAAAAGGAAGGCAGAAGCAGAAACAAACAACAACAACAACAACUCCCAGGAUGUCGGGAAUCAGACGAUCAUGGACAUAAUGCGCCGCCAUACUUCCGAAUUUGCCACGUGUGUGUUAAUCUUGCAUGUUGCUACUGAGAUAUGCUACUUCACCGCCGCCACUGAGGAAAGCCAAAGUGAUGAUGCAAAAUCGUGCAUGGAAAUCUCCCAAUAUUUGGCGCACCUUCUGGUGUUGGAGGGGAAAAUCACGGCCGCACUUCCGGGAAGUAUAGGAAUGAGAUUCAAAGAUAUUUGUUGGGAACAUGUCCGGGACACCUUUGACCAGCUCUACGAUACCUUCCAUCAACCAGAUUCAGGUAUACCAUGUUGGAAGCGAACACGUAGACAGAUAGCCUGCGAAGACCUGCUAAAUGGCAAGUACAUUAGAUGCAAUGAAGAAGAAUUGGAGAAUAAUAAUCAUAAAAAAUAUGAGAAAUCAGUGUUGCCUGAGGCUGUUGAACUUGCAAGCGCAAUAAUGAGUAGACAAUAUGCAGAUCCAGAACCUGGCAAUAAUACGCAGCAGCAACGUCAGGAGUUUUGGAAAGUUCUGAGUGAAGUGUGGGUAGAGUUGCUGGUCUAUGCCUCCGCCCAUUGUAGAGGAGAUAUUUACUACCUCAACAAAGGUGGACAGUUUUAUACAUUUGUUCGCCUUUUGAUGGCUCAUUUUGGGCUAGAAAAAAGUCUCAAAGCGGAUCGUCCAUUUUAACUCCACAAUCAGAUUCAUUCUUAAUAUACUUCUGUAUAUAUGUAUAAUAAGGGUGGCCGGGUGGGUGAUCAUAUCCAAUUAUGGUACGGUCAAAUCAAAGUUAUAUUUUUAAAGUUUAAUUUAUUUUAGGGUCUUAGGGUGUACAUGAAGAUCAAAG